GGGUGGGAGCAGCUGAAAGUCCGCUCUGGAGACUGGGCUGUCCUCUCGCGCGCUGCGCUGGCCGGGGAGGCGGCGAAGGAGGAGGGAGAGAGGCGGCGGUGGCGACGGCGAAAAAGGAGGGGAAGACGGGGGCGGCGUCGGACUGGAGCCGAUUGGCGGUGCGAGCUGCCCGGGGCGCAGUCGUGAGCUCGCCCGACGGGCCCCUGCCCCGGAGCUACACCCUGCGGUGCCCAGCUCUGCCAACGUCUGUGCCCCUACGGGGAGCGCGCCGGGGCUGCCCCCCGAAUGACGGGCGGAAGGUUCGACUUCGACGAUGGCGGCACCUACUGCGGCGGCUGGGAGGAGGGCAAGGCGCACGGGCAUGGCAUCUGCACGGGGCCCAAGGGCCAGGGCGAGUACUCUGGUUCUUGGUCGCACGGCUUCGAGGUGGUUGGAGUCUACACCUGGCCCAGCGGCAACACCUACCAGGGCUACUGGGCGCAGGGCAAGCGGCACGGGCUGGGGGUGGAGACGAAGGGCAAGUGGAUGUACCGGGGGGAGUGGUCACAUGGUUUCAAGGGGCGCUACGGGGUCCGGCAGAGCCUGUGCACCCCCGCCCGCUACGAGGGGACCUGGAGUAACGGGCUGCAGGACGGGUACGGCGUGGAGACCUACGGGGAUGGAGGUACCUACCAGGGCCAGUGGGCUGGAGGCAUGCGGCAUGGCUACGGUGUACGCCAGAGUGUGCCCUAUGGCAUGGCCACAGUGAUCCGCUCCCCGCUGCGCACCUCCCUGGCCUCGCUGCGCAGUGAGCAGAGCAAUGGCAGCCUGCUGCAUGAAGCUGCAGCCGCGGCUGCAGACAGCCCGGCUGGCACAAGAGGUGGCUUCGUGCUCAACUUCCAUGCGGACACAGAACUGGGCAAGAAAAAGGGCGGCCUCUUCCGUCGGGGCUCCCUUCUCGGCAGCAUGAAACUCCGCAAGUCUGAAUCCAAGUCUUCCAUCUCCAGCAAGCGCAGCUCGGUCCGCAGUGAUGCAGCCAUGAGCAGAAUCAGUUCUAGCGAUGCCAACUCCACCAUCAGCUUCGGUGACGUCGACUGUGAUUUUUGCCCCGUGGAAGAUCAUGUGGAUGCCACUACCACGGAAACCUACAUGGGCGAGUGGAAGAACGAUAAGCGCAAUGGCUUCGGCAUCAGUGAACGCUCCAAUGGCAUGAAGUACGAAGGCGAGUGGGCCAAUAACAAGAGGCAUGGGUACGGCUGCACUGUGUUUCCUGAUGGCUCCAAAGAAGAGGGAAAAUACAAAAAUAAUAUCCUGGUCCGUGGGAUAAGGAAGCAGCUUAUACCAAUAAGAAAUACAAAAACUAGAGAGAAGGUGGAUAGAGCAAUUGAAGGUGCACAAAGGGCGGCAGCCAUGGCCAGAACCAAAGUGGAAAUAGCAAACUCAAGGACUGCACAUGCCAGAGCAAAAGCUGAUGCUGCUGACCAAGCUGCACUGGCUGCUCGCCAGGAGUGCGACAUAGCAAGAGCUGUGGCCAGAGAGCUGUCACCUGAUUUCUACCAACCAGGCCCUGAUUAUGUCAAACAAAGAUGUCAGGAAGGAGUAGAUAUUAAAGAAAAUCCAGAAGAAAAGGUCCUAGAAAAGCCUCCAUCACCAAAGGAAUCUCCUCAUUUUUAUCGCAAAGGCACGACACCCCCCAGGUCUCCUGAGGCAAGUCCCAAACAGAGCCACUCUCCCCAGCCUUCCCCCCCAGAGUCCUCAAAGAAACAAAACCCCAGCCCAGGGGCGAGACUCAGUCAAGAUAAACAGAGCCUAGCUGAGGAGCAAGUGACAGCCUUUGUCACUAAACCCUCAAAGGAACUGGGAACAUCUGUGUCCAAGUACUCUGGCCGCCACUAUGUCCCCAACCCCAGCAAUGGUGAGCUGCACUCUCAGUAUCAUGGCUACUAUGUGAAACUGAACACACCCCAGCAUCCUCCAGAAGACAGGGAGAAGGACAAAGGAGUCAGCCAGUCUUCCUCAGCAUUGGUACCUAGACCAUCACCUAACAAGUGGGGUCCCCCUAAAUCUGUGACAAAACCAGUUGCCAAAGAAAGCAAAACUGAGCCAAAAGCAAAGAAGUCUGAACUUGCUAUACCAAAGAAUCCAGCAAGCAAUGAUACCUGCCCUUCCUUGGAAAAAGAAGCCAACUCUGGCCCUAAUUCCAUCAUGAUUGUCCUGGUCAUGCUGUUGAAUAUUGGGUUGGCCAUUCUUUUUGUUCACUUUCUGACUUGAUUGGAAUUAGGACAGCAGCCCCAUCCGGCGAAGUUCUUGACGUUGGCCACUCCAUCUGUCCUAGCAGAAUGUGACUAAACUGGAAAUGUAUGGACCUGCAGAUUUUUUUUCUUUUUUUUUUGAUAGAAGUCAACAGCUGCCUUACUAUUUUACCAUCUGACGUUUUUUAGUAGGGAGCUGGAGAGAGAGGACUGCCAGAGGAAUGCAGUCUGAGGAUUGUGUUGCGGUGGGCGUGGUUCCAACAUUCACUCCUAUCUCAUUAGAAGUAGGUAGCACUGUCACUCAGCAGUCUUCUGCUGUGACCUGCUGCUUUAACAUCUCCUGGAAUGUUCUGGAAGGGAAUGUUUCAUUUGCUUGUGCACGACUCUGCUCAUUUCUGCUGUUUAUUUAAAUAUGAUGUAUAGUCAUCUUCCACCUGCAGUCCUGGCUGGAUGAGAACACACAGGUUGCAUCUCACGGAAAAGCAGCAACAAAAGAUAUAUAUAUAUCUUAUAUCCAUAUAUAUAUAUAUAUAUAUAUAUAUAUAUAUAUAUAUAUAUGUUAUAUAUAUGGUGUUUAUUUUAAUAGCAAUGUAUUGUUUUCAUGUUGUUUAUUCUUUUUAAACUAAUAAAGGGUUAUUUAUCUUUAAAAUAUAAUGAUCUGAAGGUAUUAUACCUUCCAAAGAAAUAAUUUAAUUUUAAAUAUUUUAACAUCAUUGAGGUGAAUUGUUGAUGCACUCAGGAGGUGCUAAAUUUUAAAAGCUGAAAGACAGACGACAGAAUACUAAGAAGUGUAGUCAAAAUGUUGCUUGGAUUGCAGUAAUCAGUGGUUAAGGGUUAAGUUUCAUUGCUGACGUAUGUUACAACCAAAUAAAAUCUUGUCAGUGGCUCUAUUAAUUCCCAUGAAAGUUAAGCAAGAUCUAUUAAUAGCUACUCUCCUCUUUCUCCACCCCACCCCCAACUUGAAUUUUGGUUGAAUGCCUUCAGGUAGACAGUUAAGCUUUGUUAAGUCGCUGCCCCUUCUCUGCCUUCAAUGUUUUUCAAAGUUGUUUUGUAAUUCUAUAUUAAAUUUUAAAGACUUAGACGGUUUUAUUUUAAAUAUUUGUCUUUUGCUGUCCUAUAUCAUUCUGAUAUUGAUUUUUUUCUAUUAAAUAAUUUACUCAGAAGCAUGCUUACUUAGGGAAACUACAUGAUGAUCUUUAUAAAAAAUAAUUAUUUAAAAAGAAAUCAGGGUAGGAAAGGUAUGUCUGAGUCUCUUAAAGGCAUUACCUGGUGGAGGGGGACAUCUGCCUAACUUUUGUCCCAUUGUGUCAUGGUGUCAGGCAAGUCUCUCUCUUAGGGGCCUUUGCAGAGCAGAAGAGACAGUGUGUGUCACUCCACUGGCAGCACAGGGGAAGAAGGCAUGCUUCAUCACCUGCAGGGUAGUCACCAGUGGUGGUUUCUCCAGAAGUACAAUAUAUUGAGACUUUUGGGCACGAUCAGUAUGGAUUAAAGAAGAAGGCAGAAAGAGAGCAAAUGAAAAUAAAAUUACAACUUGUAUAUUUAUUUUUUACAUUUUGCUUUGACUUUUAAAUUUAGGGAGUCCAUUUUUACUCAAGAACAAACUUAAGUCCCUCUGUCGUCCCCACAGUCUCCCUGCCCCUUCCUACCCCUGUAGCUCCUUAUGCUGGGAAGGCUGGGUUGUUUUUUUUUUUUAAAGAAAAUAGAAUAUUUAAUCUUAUUAAGUGUUUAUUUAAAUGUGUAAUGCUUUGAAAAUAAUGGGCAACAGAGAAAAAGAUGUUUAUGAAGUGAGCUUGUUGGCUACAUUUAUAAAUAUAUAUGAUUUAUAAGCUUUUUUAAAACAAAGCUCAAAUUGUGGGUAUUUUUCUAAAAUGUGCACAGCUGUAUUUUCCAUGAAGGAUCUUUCUAAUGGGUUGUUAUACUGUACUCUACAUUUUGGACAGCACGUAAAGUCUGCCAAUGUACUUAAUAAAACAUGACUUUGUUUAUUUAAAGUUUCUUUCUGUAAAAAAAAAAAAAAACUCCCUACUGGUGGGUUCCUUAAUUUAUAAUCCUUGAAACCAAAAUGUAUAAUGUACAGUUUGUACAACUGUAACUGCCCUAAUA